UGAGCCUCCUACUUUAAUCCAGAGUGCCCUUUCUACCCGGCUCAACAUGUAUGACCGAAUCUGAACGUGUUGAUACAUUUCGGACCAAGAACGUACGCUAGGCGCCUGGCUCGGACGAAAUCUCCACCAACCGAGAACUCAUUCCAUCCUUGUUAUGAAGGGAUGACGACAAGGUCCCGCGGCACACAAAUCCAACACACCGUCUUUCUCAGCUCGUGUAGUACGAUUCAAUAUACUGUCAUCUGAAGACGAUUACCAUAGAAUCCAGCCAACAAUGACCCAACGACACAUUCUCCUUCUAGGCGCCACGGGGCUUUCGGGGAUUGAGUUCAUCAAACUCGCGCUCGAGCAGCCAGCGCCGCCUUUCUUGACACUCCUCGUCCGCAAAGGGUCGAAGUCCAAAGUGCCAACUGAGGCACUGGAGCACGGUUCCGUAAGGAUCGUGGAGGGCACCCUCGAUGACAUUGCGACACUCAACAAGGCGCUUUCUGCCCCAGAGGACACCAACCAACCCUCCGUCACGGUGGUAAUCUCUUUCCUCGGCGCUUACAUGGCACUGAGGCCCAUCAUCACACGGGACAAGUCUCACCCUAUCGCAGACGCAUUCGAAUCCACGAUUCUCCCGGCCAUGAAAUCCAACGGCGUCUCGCGCAUCAUUGCGCUCAGCACUCCCACAGGAUGCUACUCGUCUGCAGAAGCAAAGUCCAUUACCUGGAAAUGGUGGUUCUACACUUGGAUGCCUGCGCUCCUAGCACCUCAAGGCAAUGCCGAGAUGGCCGGCAUCGCCAAUGCGAUCAUUUCUGCCGGCCACAACGACAAGGACCUUGAGUGGACCGUGUUCCGCGUUCCUCACCUCACCCAAGGUGGUACUCCUACCACGCAGGUCCUGGCUGGCCAUUUGGACCGAGAAUUCUCGGGCAGCCUGGACCUCGCUCGGUCGAGUCUGGCAAGAUGGGUUUGGACCGAGCUGGACGAAAAGGCCUGGCUGCGUGCCACACCUCUGCUUGCGAACCCAUAACAACGUCGCUUCAUCUCUCAUACUUUCCGUCACGUCCCGGUUGAGGCUGGUCCCAUGGCUGUAGAAGGUUGGGGUCAUGUUGAAUUCUGAAAUUCUCUCUCUCCACACCAAUCCGAUACCUUUAUCCUCCAGUCACCUGUCCAGCCACAUGAACAUUCAAUGGCAACAAGUGCAUUAGUUUUUGAUACAUACUACUGGUGUGUCGGAUCUGGCAGGAUCGACCCGGAUGACAUCCGGUCCCAGCAGGAUCGGACGAAGAUAAGAGGGUGACACUUAGUAUUAGGCGAUCUAUCGACAUGUGUGCCCCAACGGAGAUAAUAUUAUGAAUGCGCCAAGUCUAUGAAUCCAAC